AAGACGGAAGCAUGCCACUUCUCACGCAAGCGGGCGGACCCCACCCUUGACCUUGGCGAAGCCCCAUUCACGGGAGACACACCGCUGAAGCCGGUGCCUGUAUUGCGGCACCUGGGCUUCUACCUUGACAAGAAGAUGACGUUUCGUGCACACGUGCGCUUCUACGGUGCGCGUGCGGCGAGCACUGCGCAGUCGCUCCUGAUGCUUGGCAAUUCCAUCCGAGGCAUGCCGCCUGCACAGCGACGGACAUUGUACAAGUCGUGCGUGGUACCCCUGAUGACGUACGGAUGUCAGUAA